AUGAUGCAAGCGGCACACGUCACCGCACCCGGCACGGUCCGGGUCGACAGCGUCGCCGAUCCGGAGCUGGCGGCCGAUUACGCGAUCGUCCGGCCCGAGUUGAUCUCGAUCUGCGGCAGCGACCUGCUCGCGGUCUACGGUCAGCCGGCCGACGCCUACCCGCUGAAACCCGGCCAGAGCGGGCACGAGGUGAUCGGCGUGGUGGAGGCGGUCGAGUACCGCGGCAAGACGGUCUUUCCGUUCGAGCCGGGCGAGCGCGUGCUGGCGAUACCGUCACCGCACGUGGGCAUGGCCGAGCGCUUCGCGAUCGGCCUCGACGGGCUGGUGCGGGUUCCCGAGGGGGUGCCGGCCGAGCGGCUGGCGGUCGCGCAACCGCUCGGCACGGUGAUCUCCGGAUGCAACAAGCUGCGCGACGUGGCCGGCGCCACCGUGGCGGUGGUGGGGCAGGGCGGCAUCGGCCUGCUGUUCGACCGGAUGCUGCGCCGCAUGGGAGCGGGCACCGUGAUCGGCCUGGACCUGGUCGAGGCGCGGCGCGCCGCCGGCCUGCGCUUCGGCGCCGACCACGUGAUCGACGCGGCCGGCGACGACGUGCCGGCGGCGGUGGCGGAAGCGGCCGGCGGGGUGGAGCCGCACAUCGUCAUCGACGCCGCCGGGGAGCCGGCCUCGGUCAACCUGGCCGUGGAGCUGGUCCGCCCGUUCGGGCAGUUGCUGCUGUUCGGCGUGCCCAAGCAGCCGGUCUUCGAGUUCUCGUACCUGACGUGGUUCCGCAAGCGGCCGCACACGCAGUCCUCCUCGAUCAGGGACGGCACCGGCUCCGCGCUCUACGAGCUGGCGCUCAACCUGAUCGCCCGCGGCGACGUGGACGUCGACGGCCUGAUCUCGCACCGGCUGCCGCUGGCGCGCGUGGCCGACGCCUACGAGCUGGCGCGCACGUGCGGCGACGGCGCGCUGAAGGUGGCCGUCGACUUCCGCGAGGGCGGCGAGGGCGGCGCAUGA